AUGAGGAACUGUAUCGAAGGGACUCGGCAUCGGGAGCUGAUCACCGUGAGGAAGAGCGUGCUCGUCAUGCGCAGCAAGAAUGAAGAAGUGGUUGCAUACAUGGACGUGCUGUCUCUGUUUUCAUCCCUAAUUGCAGCCCCGAGCUGGCUGGACCUCUUCAGUGAAGACCACUGGUACCGGGUCCAUCUUUUGCAAGGGCACCAAGACACAGAGUUCGUGUCCCUGGAGGCAGUGGUCACCCUCAGCGACCACAACACAGACCCAGGAAAUGGGAACCUGGCAAGAUCGAACUGUAACAUUAUUCCAAUCACAUUUAUCUUGCGGGCGGCGGCGGGGGAUGGCAGCCUCGCUGGCAGCGCGCAGGGGAGCCUGAGCCGGCGCCGGGGACGCACGGCGCGCCGCGCUCCUCCGCCACGCCGCCACGCCGGCCCCCUAUCUUCCUGCUGAGCCUCGCGGCCCGCGCGCGCCCCGGCCUCGGGAGCUCCGGCUCCUCUCCUGGCCCCUGGCCUCGCCGCGCGGCCCCCUCCGCGGUCCUCGGCCCCCGCCCCCGCCCCACACGCUCCCACGCGCGCGCGCGCACACACACUCACACUCACACACACGCACACCCGCGCGCACCCGCCAGCCAGCCGCUGGCCGCUCCAUGGACCGAGUCCCCGGCCGUCCCUGAGUCCAGCCCAACCCGGGAUGAGAAAUUGCAAAAUGGCCCGGGUCGCCAGUGUGCUGGGACUGCUGAUGCUCAGCGUGGCCCUGCUGAUUCUGUCGCUCAUCAGCUACGUGUCCCUGAAAAAGGAGAACAUCUUCACCACUCCCAAGUACGCCAACCCGGGGGCGCCCCGAAUGUACAUGUUCCACGCGGGGUUCCGGUCACAGUUUGCGCUGAAGUUUCUAGACCCGUCGUUUGUGCCCAUUACGAAGUCUCUGACCCAGGAACUGCAAGAGAAACCUUCUAAGUGGACCUUUAAUCGGACAGCGUUUUUACACCAAAGGCAAGAGAUCCUGCAGCAUGUCGAUGUAAUAAAAAAUUUCUCUUUGACCAAGAGUAGUGUUCGGAUCGGACAACUGAUGCACUAUGAUUAUUCCAGCCAUAAAUAUGUUUUCUCCAUUAGCAAUAACUUCCGGUCGCUACUUCCCGAAGUGUCGCCCAUUGUGAAUAAGCAUUAUAAUAUCUGUGCUGUGGUUGGAAAUAGUGGGAUCCUGACAGGGAGCCAGUGUGGACAAGAAAUAGAUAAAUCCGAUUUUGUUUUCCGUUGCAAUUUCGCCCCUACGGAGGCCUUCCAAAAAGAUGUUGGAAGGAAAACCAACCUUACCACCUUCAACCCCAGCAUCUUGGAGAAAUAUUACAACAAUCUCUUGACCAUUCAGGACCGGAACAACUUUUUCCUCAGUUUAAAAAAGCUCGAUGGGGUCAUUCUUUGGAUCCCUGCCUUUUUCUUCCACACUUCAGCCACGGUGACCAGGACAUUAGUCGACUUCUUUGUGGAACACAGAGGUCAGUUGAAAGUCCAAUUGGCUUGGCCGGGAAACAUAAUGCAACAUGUCAACAGGUACUGGAAAAACAAACAUUUGUCGCCCAAGCGACUGAGCACAGGUAUUCUUAUGUACACCCUGGCAUCAGCAAUUUGUGAAGAGAUCCACUUGUAUGGAUUUUGGCCUUUUGGAUUUGACCCCAACACGAGGGAAGACCUUCCGUACCAUUACUAUGACAAGAAAGGAACCAAAUUUACCACCAAGUGGCAGGAGUCCCACCAGCUGCCUGCCGAGUUUCAGCUCCUCUACCGAAUGCAUGGGGAAGGGCUCACCAAGCUGACUCUCUCACACUGUGCCUAAGGACUCCACUCGGAGAGUGCCAAAGGGCCCCAUCCUUCCGAAAAGUGCCCCGUCCCCUUGACUAGGCUGCAGAGUAGAGCCCAGAGCAGCUCUUUCAAGGAUGGCUUGCCCAGGCAGAGGACGGGCAGCGAGCCCUACUCCCUCCUCUGACUGUUUUUGAAGGGUCUUAGCAGGCUUCGCACAUGGUUUAGGCAACGGUAGAUAAGAGAAAGUGUUGCAUUCAGAACGAUGCUGCUAAGGAAACGGAAGUGUUUUCAAUGUUUGUAUUUCAAUAAUAAACUGCCUCCCCUUUCUUUUUUA